GACACAACGGGUUGAGUCUAUUUACUUUGCUGCGCAUGCGUAUCGAUUCAACUCCGUUACCAACCGUGUUGCCAUAGAGCUUCAAGAAGCCUCGGUUCACUGGCACAUCGCAGCUGUCGAAACACGCGAAACCUGGUGAAGAUCAAGGGGAAGAUUGAAAUCAGUGAUAACAUAGUAAAUCUAUCUACACAUUAAUCGAAAAAAUGAGCCAAAGCGCAUACCACUGGGAAGCAAGACGCAAACAGCGUACGAUAGAUCGUAAACAAGCUGCGAUGGCUCGGCUCAAAGAACUGGAGGCUUUGGAGCAAGCACGAAUGGCUGAAGAGGCAGCGAGAGGGGAGCAGGAACGCCGAAAUCAGGAAGAAGCCAGAAGGAAGGAAUUGGAACAACAUUUACGUACUCGUAAUAAAGGAGAUAUGAAACAGUCUCUACAUCAAAGGGAACGGACCAUUGAGCGAUUAAUGAAAGAACGUACUUGGCACAAUGACAUCAUUAAACGAAUGCAAGAAGAAGACAAGGAUAUGUUUCAAAAUGCACUUAUGAAAGACCACAAGCAAAAGGAGAAAGUUCUACGAAACUAUGGGUUGUAUCGUGGACACCCAUCAUACUGCAUUGAUGAGGAGUAUGCCUGAAUAACCUUCUUUAUAACCCUACACCCCUGUCCUUUAUUAAUGGUAUAGUCCACUACUAUUCCAUUCAUAGAGGUGUAAAAUACUUUAUUUUUCUCUUGGAAUUUAUUUAAGGGACAAAAUAUUGAAGAUACCUUUUUUCUAUAUUUUUUACAUUCAACUCAUCAAAAUUCAGUGAGAAUAAACUUCAAAGAGCCAAAACAGCCAAAAUGUCUUUAGUGAAAAUUAAUUCCAACUAAAAUAAAGUAUUUUACUGUAUAACAAGUAUUUGCUUUAUUAGUAGUACAUUGCAUAAAUGACAGAAGUGUGUCUAUGCGCAAAAUUAUUGUUGGCUUCUAAUAGAGCAACUACAGUAAGAAUUUUCUCAUUUUCUGUGGUGUCUGUGUUUGCCCCAAACAGGCUUUCACAUUGUUUGCUGAGUUUACAAGAGUUUUGGAAAAGUUGAUGCAUUAAGAAAGAUACAAAACUAUAUGAAAUGAUUCCGUCCCAUUUUAAUUUAGUAAAAAAUAGGUAACCAACACUGGAGUAUUUUGAAAACAAAUCUGUGCAUAUAAUGUAGACUUAUGGAGUUUUAAAAAAUAGUCACUGAUUGGUCACAUUAGUGUGAAAUGUAUAUGAGCUGUGUUUUUUUUUUUUUUUAAUUAUUAUUGUGGGGACAAAUAAAUUGUUGACAUUGACACCAAUUUUUGAAAUAGAGUGUUUGUCAGACUUACAUUGUAUUCUACAAGUUGUAGUUGACGUGUCAUGUUAAUUUCUUAUUUGCUGACUUGAUUAGUGAUUAGUUAAAAAAAUGAAAUGUCAAAGGGAAGAAUGUUUCAGUAAUUAUGACCUUAAACUGACAGUGUUUCUGUCUUUACUUCACAUACACAUAAAGGUGAUAUAUAAAAAAAAAUAUGAAAUGUAUAUUCUGUUUUUCACUGCCUUUGUGACACAGAAGUUCUGCACCGCUUUAAAAUACUGUGUUAUUCAUCCGUCCACUUUUGUUGAAUAAAUAGUUUUUUUUUUUUUGUAUUUUCAGACAUUUGCUCUAAACUAUGCAAGAAAUGAGUUUCAUCAGUCUUAUUAUAUUUUUAUGUGUGUCAACAAUAUAGCCAGUAUUGGCCUUACUUGUAAUAGCGCCACCAAGUGUCAACAAUUGCAGGUUUUGUUUUUAUUUGUAGCUAGACCUGAUAUAGUUACAUUAUAUAGAUACAAUGAUUGAUGUGAUGCUUAUUUCAUAUUUUACUUGUGUUUGUUUUAAUAAAUUCAUGCCAUAUUGAACAA